CCGCCAUGUUGACAGAAUCGCGGCCGCGAGCGGAGGAGCGGCUCCUCCUGCUGCAGAAUUAACUCCGCGAGCCUCGUCGAAUAAGCAAAAAAAUAACACGACAACAAAUAAAAUAUAAAGAUUAAAAGCCAUUUGGAAUUUGCAAGGGGAAUUAAACGAGCGGCGGCAACAGCGGCGGCGGCAGCAGCGGCGGCGGCGGCGGGACGACGAAUCUUGCGUGCGGCUAGCAGGUGGCCAUGUCUUCCAUGGCGUGCCCCAAGUCGGAUGCCCCAGAGCGCCUGUCGCAGGAGGAGAUCCUGUCGAACACGCGCGUCGUGAUGCAGGGGCUGGAGGCACUGCGCAAUGAGCACCACUCGAUCCUGGAGUCGCUCAUCACCACGCUCAGCUGCCUCAACCGCGCCGACGAGGGCAGCCUGGUCAGCGAGAAGACCGGCAUCAUUCAGCACUCGCUCGACUCCAUAGAGCUGGGCCUCAGCGAAGCUCAGGUGAUAGUGGCGCUGGCGUCGCACCUGGGAUCAGUGGAGGCGGAGAAGCAGAAGCUGCGCGCUCAGGUGCGGCGGCUGUGCCAGGAGAACGCGUGGCUGCGCGAGGAGCUGGCAACGGCGCAGCAGCGGCUGCAGCGCAGCGAGCAGAGCGUGGCGCAGCUUGAGGAGGAGAACCGGCACCUGCAGUUCAUGGGGCAACUGCGCAAGUACGACGACGAGGCCUCGCCCCCCGAGGAGAAGGAUGGAGAGUCCUCCAAGGAGCCCCUUGAUGACCUGUUCCCAAACGAUGAGGAUGAGCAAAGCUCCAGCAUGACCCAGUCUCGAGGCAUAUCGGGCGCGGCGGCGGCGCAGCAGGGCGGCUACGAGAUCCCCGCGCGGCUGCGCACGCUGCACAACCUGGUGAUCCAGUACGCGUCGCAGGGCCGCUACGAGGUGGCCGUGCCGCUCUGCAAGCAGGCGCUCGAGGACCUGGAGAAGACGAGCGGCCACGACCACCCGGACGUGGCCACCAUGCUCAACAUCCUGGCGCUCGUCUACAGGGAUCAGAACAAAUACAAGGAGGCAGGGAACCUCCUCAACGAUGCCCUAGCCAUCCGAGAGAAAACCCUGGGCAGAGAUCAUCCAGCCGUGGCAGCCACACUCAACAACUUGGCAGUGCUGUAUGGCAAGCGUGGCAAGUACAAGGAGGCGGAGCCCUUGUGCAAGCGUGCGUUGGAGAUUCGCGAGAAGGUGUUGGGAAAAGACCAUCCAGACGUUGCCAAGCAGCUAAACAACCUGGCACUGCUGUGCCAGAACCAGGGCAAGUACGAGGAGGUGGAGACCUACUACCGGCGGGCUCUCGACAUCUACCUGCUGCAGCUCGGCACCGAUGAUCCCAACGUCGCCAAGACCAAGAACAAUCUGGCGUCGUGCUACCUGAAGCAGGGAAAGUACAAGGAUGCCGAGGCCCUGUACAAAGAAAUCCUCACGCGGGCACAUGAGCGGGAGUUCGGCUCUGUCGAUGCUUGUGUUGCAGGUGAAAACAAACCUAUUUGGGUCCACGCUGAGGAACGUGAACAGAGCAAGGGCAAACAGAAGGAGGCACUCCCUUGUGGGGAGUAUGGUGGCUGGUACAAGUCUGGAAAGAUAGACAGCUACACAGUGACCAACACUCUGAAGAACCUCAGCGCUCUUUACCGGCGGCAGGGCAAGUUCGAAGCGGCAGAAACACUCGAGGAAUGUGCCUCACGUUCCCGCAAAAAGGGUGUGCACCAGCCCAGGGUGUCGGACGUGCUCUACGACAAUGAGGUGUAUGAAAAGCGCCGUGGCCAGAACGGCACGAGCUCCAGUGAGUCGGGGAAGGUGGACGGAGACGCAGAGGCCAAGCGGGACCCAGGAAAAGUCCCGGAGUGCAACGGGGAGGGAGGCGGUGGGCUCAAGAGGAGUGGCUCCUUCAGCCGUCUCCGUGCCUCCAUUCGGCGCAGCAGCGAGAAGCUGGUCAUGAAGCUCAAGGGCAGCAGCAGCAACAAGGAAGCCGACAGCAAGAACCCUGGCAUGAAACGUGCCAGUUCUCUGAGCACACUCAACGUUGGUCCCAAAGCCGAGGAUGACGCCUACCAAAAGUCACUGAACAAAACCCAGGGUCUGAGCGCAAGCCACUCGGACCUGGCCCGGCGAGGUUCCAUUGAGAGCACCAGCUAGGAAUGUCAGAGCAAACAUUAAUGCACACACCGACCAUUCUCCUCUCUACAAUAGAUCCAUUCACAUAUCUACACAGCCUUCCAUGCCUGUGCCAAUUUCAUUUGUCCUAUAUGUUCUACCCAUAUAUUGAUAUAAUCACCCAUUGCCUCUGUGUUCCGUGAUUUGAUGGAUUGACUGCCUGUAGAACAAACUUGGAAGCACAGUUUUGUUGGUGGAAUUUUGAAUUCGAAGUAACGGGCAAUCUACACGGUUACUUCAUCAGCUUAUUAGUUGGUUGCAAUUUAGAGGUACAAUAUCAGCAUUAAAUGAAGGAGUAAAGUGCGUCUACAAGCCCUUUGAGCCUGAUCGUUAAGAUUGCUCAUAUUCAUUGAAUCGUUCAUUUAAAAAUGUGUCUUAAUUUUUUUUUUACAAUCCCUGUGUAGUGAGAAAACCCACACUCUAUACUCAGGAUUCAGAGAAAAGUACAAAUAUAUUUGAGAUAUAUCCUGAUAUAAAUGUAUAUGUCUCAUAAAAAGAAGUUUAUGGUUGCCAAUUCGCAAAUGGUCACCUUUUGCAAGACGAGACAGAACCAUGUUGGGCUUACUAUAAAUGAGCAAACAGUGGUCAUGCACAAUUGAGAUCGCAGAACAAAAGUGUGUGAUAUCUGUCGGGAGUUGGACACAGCUGGAAUUCGCAGCCGAGUAUGUAACACCUAGGAGAGCUGUUGAAGUGGAACAGAAUCAAAACGAUGAAAUAGAGGCAGACUUGGACGACGUGUGGAGUGCUUUCUGAAAACUGAACUUGAUCAUGAAAAGCAACGUACCAAUGUGCCUAAAGUCGAAUGUUUUAUUCAGUGUGUUAUUACCUGCUAAGACAUGUAUCAGAAACAUGGACAUUAACAAAGAAAAUGUAACCAACUGAAAAGUGUGCACAGCAUGUCGAGGUGCUUGCUUGUAAUUACAUUGAGAAACACACGGAAUAUGUAUCGGUUAAAAGAUAACAUGCUGACUGUUACAAAAAAAAGUGGGCUUGGAAAGGACACAUCGCUAGGAGGGAUGAUGGCCAAGAAUGUUCAUGGAGGGGCAGUCAAGGGAUGGAAAAAGUCUUAGAGAACAUCCAUCGCGUAAAUGGAGCAAUAACAUUGUCUCGUGCGCUGGGUGGAUUAUUACAUCACAGAAUUGUGAGAGAAGGCGAUGACUUGGUGAGGACCUCGUCCAGCAGUGGAUUGAUCAUGGUUAUUGCUGACAUUUAGCUUCGCUCCAUAUAUAAGUGAUUUGUAAACGGACCUGAAGGACUUGGCACAAAGAAGAUUCAUCUUUUUGUUUCGAAGGCCUUUACCGGAAACACUUGACUAACAAUCCCAGCUUCUCAUAAAUUAUCAUAUCUUAGUCAAUUGCAAUGUAAUAAUUACGUAUAGAGGACCUACUAAGAUCAUAUGAAAGGCAACUUGUGGUAGAAUAUAAAAAGUGUAUUGCUGUAUAUUUACUAGUACUGUACUUUGUAAGGCAAGCAUGCUAGAGUAUGCAUCAUCUUUUCCCUCAUUUUCUCAAAGAGAAGUGCUAUGAUUUUCUAGACUGUUUACAGUUUACCAUUGUAAAUAGAACGUACAUGUUUAAAUUAUUGAAUUUUGUAGAUAGUUUAAAAAAGUCGGGAGGCAUAUGAAUAAAGAAAUACAAUUUGUUUAGCUUAUUACAAGUAGGGCUCUUAUUAUUUACAUUCAAGUGGCUUUUUGCCAAAGUGAAAAAUCACCGGAGGCAGGAUUACAUUUGCCAACCGAUAGGUUUCGAGCCUUUGUCUCAACCCCAAAUCCAACCCACCGAAGCUGUGUGAUUGGAUUGGCUUAAGUGCCUGCCAGUGGCCCAAGCUAACGGUGCUGCCCCCUGGCUGCUGUCUGUGUGGACGAGGGCACGUUGCCCCCGCCCCCUCCCCUUGUGUUUGUCCCGCGUUCUUUGUCCCGUGUUUCAACGCUGAACAUCCAUCCAAGUGCGUUCUAGAAUGUAUCCGCUUUAAGACAUGCAAUGCAACAUUUAAAAAAAAAACCUGAAAUCAUUUUAUCCUCAGCAGAUAUGAAUGCGAUUUCAGAUUGUCCGUGGUUGAGCAAUGCUUGCACUAAAUAUGUAAAAGGAAACCAUUAGUUUCAUUUAUGAAGUACUUAAAAAGUCUGUAUUUUGUCACCUAUGACCUUAAGAUUUUAGCCAUUUGUUCCUUGUCUUUUGGAUGCUAUAUAGGCGCAUGUUAUCUUGUGGUGCCAGCCAAGUUCUCUGUCUUGAACGUACCAGUUCCAUUGUGUAAACUGAUGUAGGUUUGUAGUUUUGAAAGGAUUGAGAGUUAUAUCGCUAGAACGUGGACCAGACAUUUCCUUUGGUUACAUUGAAGCAGUUGAGUUUAGAUGGCGAUAUACAAUUAAACGUUUCAAAAACA